GUGAUUUUGUUUAAGUAUAAAGUUUACUCUUUUCCUCCAACCGAAUAUAUUCUUGUCUUUUCAGUUCAACUUCCACCACCCUUUACCAAUAACUUUAGAAACCAAACCAAAUAUUAACCUCAAAAUAUUAUAUAUCAAGAACCAAAGGAUUGAUUCCUUUGUAUGAGUUGUAGUUAUAGCCUUUGUUUCAAAAGUGAUGCUAAUUAUAUAAGAAAGAACAACAUCAACCUCAUGUUCUUUAUUCUAGUAAUUAGUCCUUUUUUUUUCUUCCUCUAAAUUUUGUUGUUCAUUUCUUGAUUAUGGAACGAAGGGUUCUUGAUGGUAUCAUUAAUAGGUUGCUUGAUGUUAGAGGAAGACCUGGGAAACAGGUUCAGCUUUCAGAGGGAGAAAUCAAGCAGCUUUGUGUGGUCUCUAGAGAUAUCUUUUUGAAGCAGCCUAAUUUGUUGGAACUUGAGGCACCAAUUAAGAUAUGUGGAGAUAUCCAUGGUCAAUAUUCUGACCUAUUAAGCCUAUUUGAGCAUGGUGGAUUCCCUCCACGUUCCAACUACUUGUUCUUAGGAGACUAUGUAGACCGUGGAAAACAAAGCUUGGAAACAAUAUGUCUUCUUCUAGCCUACAAAAUUAAAUACCCUGAAAACUUUUUCCUUCUAAGAGGAAACCAUGAAUGUGCUUCCAUAAACCGCGUCUACGGAUUCUACGACGAAUGUAAAAGGAGAUUCAAUGUAAGGGUAUGGAAGAUAUUUUCAGAUUGUUUCAAUUGUUUGCCGGUCGCGGCUAUCAUUGAUGAAAAGAUUAUAUGUAUGCAUGGUGGAUUAUCUCCUGAAUUGCAUAGUUUGAAACAGAUAAGUAAUUUGCCAAGGCCUAGUGAAGUUCCUGAAACUGGUCUUUUAUGUGAUCUUUUGUGGAGUGAUCCUAGUAAAGAUGUUCAUGGUUGGGGAGUUAAUGAACGUGGUGUUUCAUUUACUUUUGGUGCAAGUAAGGUUGCAGAGUUUCUUCAAAGGCAUGAUCUUGACUUGAUUUGUAGAGCUCAUCAGGUUGUUGAAGAUGGAUAUGAGUUUUUUGCUAAUAGACAACUUGUGACUAUAUUUUCUGCUCCUAAUUACUGUGGAGAGUUUGACAAUGCUGGAGCAAUGAUGAGUGUUGAUGAGACACUUAUGUGUUCUUUUCAGAUAUUAAAACCUGUGGAUCAUAAAAUGCCUAAGUUUGGUUUUAGGAGUACAACUUCAUUCAAGGCAUUUCUUGGUGCUAAAGUAAGAGCUGAUUGAUGUGACUAUAACAUGACUAAAGUUGGAAUAUAGAUAAAGUUGACAAUGAAAAAGUUAUAAUCUUUGUUCACUAUAAUGUGAAGGAUGACAUCAAUUGUCAAUGAAACAACUUAACUGCUGGCUCAAUACAAAUGGAGAGCUCAUUUUUCACUUCCUUUUUCUUUUCAUUAUUAAGCUUUUUCUAAGAGAUAUAAUUCUCUAGUGCUUCCUCUAUUCAUAAAUCUGGUUGUAUUAUUAUGGCAGCAUUUCGGCUUAUUAACAAUUAGUGUAAUUGUAUUGUAAUAUUAUCAAGUCAUACAUUUUUUUUGUC